AUGCGUGAAUCGGUUCCCUCCCCCGCUGUCCCGCACACGGAAGUGGACCGGUACCGGUAUGGGAGCGUCCAUAAACGGGUCAAGCUGAAGCAGGCCGGUCGUUGUCGUCUCAUCGGCGUCAACACGCCGGAGACCGUAGCUCCAAGGCAGCAGGAGGGGGCGCCCCCGGAUUGCUAUGGACCAGAGGCAUCAGCACUGACCAAGGGCCUGUUGCCGCCAGGAAGCAGGGUGCGUAUUGAGUUCGACGUCGAGCCCACUGACAAGUACGGCCGUCAGCUGGUGUACCUCUACAGGGCUACGGAUGGCUUAUUCAUCAACAGCGAGUUGGUGAAGAAAGGGGCUGCAAGGCGUUUCAAAGUCCCCCCGAACGUGCGUUACGACGACAUGCUGGUGAAGCUGGAGUCAGAUGCACGAAGCACGCGCGUGGGGCUGUGGCAGUCGUGCCCGGCCGGGGCAGUGGCACCCCUGACGGCAAAGCCACUGGUGAAUGCCAAGGAUGUACAUGAUUUCCGGAUGCAAAUUAGCGAUGCCCCGCGUUCAAGGUACGAGAGGGAAGUUGUGGCAGCGGACGCGGGAAUAGACUAUGGCUCGCUCUCUGUCCUGCAUGCAGAUGUGGCUAGCCCAUGCGGCCUCGCCACCAUGAACCUGGUUCUGCUGUUAGCCGCAGAGGUGGAGGAGAUCAACAACACGGGCUUCGUGCUGCUGCCGACUACAGAUCGACGAGCAAAGCACAUAGCAACUGUCCUAAAGCCAACCUCCGGUGCAACAAUCCGCGUAGGCUGCGUGGGAGUGGGCGUUGGCCGCGCCGGUGUUCAGGUUUUGGAGGAUGGCCAAGUCUGCCUCAGCGUAGCAGGCAAGAACUCAGAGGCAUCUGGCAACCUCAGACUGUCGCCGCUACCUCCCCAACCACACGUCGAGCUGCUUCUGGCCAUGCCCCGUCCAAAGGUUAUGAUGAGGCUUUGGUCCGUGCUGUCCCAGCUGGGGCUCCGCCGCGUUGUGCUCACCAAUGCCUGGCGUGUGGAGAAGCCCUACUUCUCCUCGCAAGCCACGGAUCCCAGCAAGUACACGCCAGAGCUGCUCGAGGGGCUUGAGCAGGCCGUCUGCACCACACUGCCUGAGGUUCAGAUCGAGCUGAGGCUGAAACCCUUCAUAGAGGAUUCCCUGGAGACCCUCUUCCCCGCACCUCGCUUUCUUCGCUUGCUUUGCCACCCAGGCGAUGCUGGGGUUCCUAUCAGCGAAGCGAUUUGCCGUGCACAGGCGCAGAGUGCGCCACCGCAAGCGGUGCUACUGGCAGUGGGCCCCGAAGGGGGCUGGGUCGAUUAUGAGGUGGAGCUGUUCCGGAAGCAUGGCUUCACACAGGUCUCUCUCGGCAGCCGCAUCCUCACCACUGACGUGGCCUUGGUUUCUCUGGUGGCAUUGACGCGGGACGCCUUGGAGCGGAGUACCGAGAAGAAGGCGGUCAAGGGAUGA